AUCAUUUGCCUAUUAACUACUUGACUCGACAAAAUAUACCUAAUUUACAGUUAAUAUGUAACACUUGUUCACGCGUCUGGAUAAGUGACACACUUUCAUUUGCGAGCCAUCUAUUGUUUCCGUGUCCUAUUGGAUCAUUAUUGCUUAACUGAAAAAAAUAGCAGUCAAUAUACCGUGUACGCGAUCGAUUUACUAAUAAGGAUUAUAUAUAACAUUUCUGAAGCUUUUUUUGUGAAAUCUACGUUUUAAUGGCAUCCUUAAGCUUGACGGAUCUCGAAUGUUCCAUAUGCUUCAAUCAGUUUGACAAACCGAAAGGGCUUCCCUGUCACCAUUGUUUUUGCGUUGAAUGCCUACAGGAUCAUAUAAAUAAUAAUAAACAGUCAUGCUUACAAACUGGCUAUUUUUAUUGCCCAAUCUGCAAAGCUGUUACCUAUCCACUAGAUCGUAGCAAAGCGGUAGAAGAAUGGGCGAAAACUUUUCACAAUGAUUUUCGGAUUGGUCAAAUACAAGAAAUAGUUUCAUUUGAAACGAUGAUGAGUUGCACGUGUCAUGAUAACAAUGAAAUAAAUCUGUAUUGUACGUUUUGUGAAGUAGUUAUUUGCAGUGAAUGUCGCACUGAGAAGCACCAAAACUGUAAAGGAGUUUUAUCCAUAAGUCAAGCUGCCAUAUCAAAACGAAUCGAAGCUGAGAAUCAUUUGAAGUUUCUGAAGGAUUUGAAAGCAGAGGAAAGCAAGAAACUUAAAGAAUUACACCUGGAAAAAGAAAAUAUUCUUAGUGAUAAAGAGAAAAUUUUGAACAAAGUCGACGCACAUGUCAAAGAUAUCGUUCGAAUGAUAACAUCUAAAGGAGAUUUACUGAAUAAAGACGCCACAAGAAUGAUGAAUGUUGAAUUAGAAAAACUUCGUAUCUACGAGGAAAAUUACAAAGAAAAAAUAGAAUCCUUAAGAAAUUGUAUUGAAAAAGUUUCUGAGGUGAUGAAAGAAAAAUCUGCUUCAAAGUUUGUUGUGUCUUAUUUCCCAGUUAGAAAAUGUAUCAACAGAUUUAAUUCUUCUGACUACCGUCUAACACGAAGAGUGUUAUCAUUAAAUAUUACAUCGGAAUUUUCAAAAGCCUUGCAAGAUUUAGAAAAAUGCCCAUUCGGCCAUGUUAGUUACGAAGGCGAUAUAUCUAAUGGAGAAAUAGAACAUACAGAAGACAUGAAAAAUUCUAAAGGGCUAAAAAAGAAUCACAAUAUUGUAAAUUUGCAAAAAGUUGAAGAAUUUACAUCCGAUGACGAAAGUACCUUUACAUCAAUCUUAAAUUUAAUUUGUAUCAUUCCUGGGGGAGGAUACCUGAUGAGCGACAACAAACACGGAAUCUUACAGUUCUGUCCGAAAGGUAAUCAAAUUAACAGAUUUGAUCUGAGAAGUCAGCCGCAUGGAUUGUGCAUUCACUCUCACAGUUUCGCAAUCGUAUCUCUACCCGAUGAACUUCAACUGUGUAUAAUUAAAUUCUCCCGAAACUUUGUCGCAAAUGUCAUGUGCAUGCUGAAUUUCUUCAAAAAAUAUAAAAGGAUCCAAUGUAAAUCAAAGUACAGUGCCAUCGCUAAAAGCUAUGACGGAAGGUUAAUUUGUAAAUGUCUAGAAAAACCUGUUAUUGAAGUCGUGUUCAUUUUUGAUAAUAGAGCCAAACCACUACAGCAAUUCUAUCUUGAUAUCGCUUAUGUUUCAAAAUCUGAUCCUUGUUACAUGACAAUAGCACCAGAUGAGACAAUUGUGCUUUCGUGCUACCGAGCUGGAUUAUUGUACGGUAUCGGUCGAUCUGGAAAUAAAAAAUUCCACAUCAAGAAUGUUGAAGGACAACCGAUUGAAGGACCGGGUGGUGUCUGCUGCGAUACUGAAUACAUCUAUGCCACAGAACUGGGACGUUCAAACAUAUUACGUUUUGAUUUAUGCGGUAACUUCAUAAGUUAUUUGACUCCUUCAUCAGAUCUCCCCAUGCCCGUUGCAUUAGACAUCAACCGCAAUGAGAAACAACUGGUUGUUACGCGAAUGAUACCGAAACCAACAAUCGAAAUUUACCAACUUUAAAAUUUAUCAUUAAGGUCUAGUGAUUGUGUUUGAGUAUGGUUUUGACUGUUCUAUUUAUUUGUCAAUUCAAACAAAAUUCUAAAAGAAAUAUUUAAAGUAACAGAUAUCAGGAUAACAUAUGGCUGAAGUCAGAUCUGUAAACAUUCAUUCAAGUCCAUGCUCAAUAAUAUAAGUACACACACUUUCCCACAUACUCACAGAAAUGAAUAUGCUGAAACAAUACAGGCGAAACAUAAAACACGUAAUCUAUUCUACCUUGAAUUUCUAAGUUUAAUGUCAAUCGAUGCCAUACAUAUCUAUACUGGAAAUCAUACUCGCAUAUAUACAUGCAUAUGUGUGCAAAAUAUUUAUUUAAGUCUAAUUAUCGAUGCAUGCAACCUCUAAGGCAUGAAUGCGCACGUAAAAAGCGUGUCAACGCUGCUGGAAAAAAAUGAUGUGGCGCUUGUAGUGUUCAGGAUUUAUACACAUUGAAUAUUAAAAAAAAAUAGCCAUGAGAUUUGAGACAAAGAGAUGUUUCUAACAAUUAUUCUAUUUUGAAGUAUUGAAAUUUGAUAUUGCAAAGUCAAAUAAAUGGUGUUGAACCGUCUGUAUUAAAUCAAGGAAACUGAUAUUUUUGAACCAUUUAGAAUAUUUAUUAUAUCAUUCGUAGAAUCAAACCAUGGAUUUACCUGAUGAUACUGGUAAUAAAGCAUUGCAUUGAAAAGUCAAAUAAAUGGGUGUUGAACUGUCUGUAUUGAAUCAAGGAAACUAAUAUUUUUGAACCAUUUGAUUCGUAGAAUCAAACCAUGGAGUUACUUAAAGAUACUGGUAAUAAAACAUUGUAGCAAGUUAA